UGGUGUUGUCUCGUUGCUAUAGGAACAGUAAAAGCAUUAAAGCACACACUUAACCCCGGAUCGAUCAGAGCCAAGAGGCUUGCAAAAGGGGAAGAGCGGCUUAAUGGAAUAGAACGACGCGCUGCGGAAGUGGAAAAACAGGCGCGGCGGGGCCGGUGGCGGGGACUCGCGCUCCGCUCGGCCCUUAUCUCGGCCGCUGUGUGCUGCGUUCUUCCAUUGCUCCUGACGCUGUUCUUAGCGUCUCCUGCGAUGGCUGAGGAGGAGGAGAACUGGAGGCGCUUCCUGUUCGGGGAGUGGAUGUUGGGAUUUUUUCAAUCUGGCACUCCAUCUUCUCGGCCGUUUAAGGAGAUGUGGGAUAGAUUUUCAGCUAAGACAACAGGAGUGAAAGUGGGCAUCGUGGACAUUAGUGAGAAUCCAGAACUGAGUGCCAGAUUCCUUGUGACUAAAUAUCCAGCAAUAUUCCAUUGCAAGAAUGGAGUUUGUAGGGAAUACCAAGGCUCCUUGAGUACAAAUGCCAUUUUGGACUUUGUGCAGAAUAAGAAAUGGCAGAAGAUUGACUCAGCACCUGAUUGGCUUGGUCCUUCAUCAUUAGCGAUUGAAUUUCUCGUGCCCUUCUACACAUUUAAUGUGUUUUUGAAGAAUGUUCUAAAAUACUUGACAGAAGAGGCUGGCUUGCCAUUAUGGGGGUCUUACACCACGUUAGCAAUAUUGGUGCUCUUGAUAGGCGUGUUGGUGGCAAUGAUUCUGGAUAAAAUAUUCGAGGUGUGUCUUUUCCCAUUUAUCUCCAGAAGAUUCUCACCAGAUUGAGGACUGAGAUGAUAGGCAGCCAAAUGCAGCUUGCAAGACUACAGUGGCAAGGUUUCAGGACAUGCUGAUCCUAUACAAGGUCAGCCUUGCUCCCUGGCAGCAGAAGAACAAAGAAUGGAGAUUUGCUACUCAGCACUAGAAGUUGCAGCCUUGAGAAUGCUGAUUGCCUGUUGUAGAGGCAAUGGGCAUAGUGCAAAGACAUGGGCAAGAGUAGCCAUAUGUGACUUUGAGGAGCCUGUCACCCAUCCUUGUUUGGUGAUUGUGGCUGAAGCACCUAUGUGUGACUCUGGAAUUUGGCUGGCUGGAAAAUGGAAGUUAAUCAGAACUGUAUUCUUUUAGCUAAUGAACUAAGGCCCUCUACAUAUCUGCAGUUACUGUACAGUUACUGCUAGGCCUGCUGGCAGGAUCUAGUAGAGGCAGCAUGGAAGGAAGCUGCUCUGAACAUGAUCAUACAGACAGAAUGUCCGGUGGGACCCGUGACAACAAUGGCCAGAUGUAAAGGUUAACAUCUUGAUGUAAACUAACUACAAACUUUUUUCAGAGGGAACAGCUCACCCUGAGCAUAAGGGGGCUUUGGAAAUGUGGAGCAAGAGUAGCAGCCACAUGGGUGUCCUGCAGGAUGAAGAUGCAGUGAGUGCUUUCACUCCUUUUGUACAAUAUACCCAACUGAUUUUUCUGUAUAAUAUCGAAGCAAUCUGGCUGAAUGUAAUCUAAUUCAUAACCCUUAAAGACAGUGUCGGAUCGAGUUUACUCUGUAUUAAAUAUGCCAGCAAA